AUGGAGUUCCUAAGAAGACGUUUUCUCUGCUGGCGCAACGGCCUAGAGUCCGAGUUUAGCAGUGCGAAAAAGUUGUUCGAAAAGGCUUGCCACUCGGUUACGCAAUACUUCUGGGUUUGUGGGUGCGAACGUUUCGAGCCAAAUUUCACCCGUUGGAACGUGCGGUUCGUGUUUUUGAUGGUGAAUAUUUGCGUGUUCAUGGCGGGUUUCGUUAAAGCUUACAUGUACUCGCAUGACACCAUCUAUGAGCUCCUCCAGUACAAUCUGAAACGAUUUGAAAAAUCAAAAAGAAUGCCUGAAAUUCACCACUCUCUGAUUGAUACGGCCUCCCUGUGUACCGCUUCGGUGAAACUGAUUGGACCAUGUUAUGCAUCGAUGGGAGCCUUAACGAUCCUCAUUUCGAUCGUCAUUUCUUUGUAUUACGGUCGAUUCGAGCUGCCGUUUGGAUUCUAUCUCCCGGGACUCGAUCGCGCCACGUGGAUCGGAUAUCUGCUGAAUCUGGCGUUUCACAUUCUGCAAGUGUUCGAAGCCGUCACCGGACUGCUGGCGGCCGAUAUGUGCUUCUUCAAUCUGAUGAUAAAUGCCAUCGGACAGCUGGAUGUUAUGAUCAUCUAUUUGAAGAAAUUAGGAGUAGCUGCUAACGCGGACAAAUAUGAGGAAACCUUGGCCGAAACAAAAUUAAACGAACUCUUAAGUGAACUGAUUGAAAAUCAUUGCGAGCAUAGAAAGUAUCUCACGAAGAUGGAAUCACUUAUGAAGGCUGGUUUCUUCAUCAAUAAUGGAUGCCUAAUUGCUGAAACAGUAACGUCGUUGUUCGUUAUUCUAACCAGUGAUGAAAUUUGGAUACCUGGCAUAUUGAUAGCAGUUGCCUGUACUUUUCAACUUAUUAUCCCAUGCUUUAUGGGUUCACUUCUUUCCAUUAAGAACGAUGAACUUAUUCGCGAAAUCUACAACACACCCUGGAACGAGCUGCCUAUUCCGGCCCAGAAAGCGUUAGGAAUGUUGCUGCAGUUUGCUCAAAACCCGGUCACCCUUUCGGACGGAUUUGCCCCGAUCGAUUUGGACAGCUUUUUGGAGAUCUACAAGAAGAUUUAUUCGUACUUGGCGAUGAUUCAAAACAUUAAUUAAUUGAUGGUAUCCAGUUGUUAGUUCAAUGUUU